CUGCGUAACCGAUGACGUAGUUCCGCAAGCUUCGCUUCACACGUGUUUAUAUGCUCGUGUGGUAAUGUUUUUAUGUUUAUAACACUGUAAGAUUAAAUUUUGUCACAAAAUGUUUUCGGAUGAUCUGAUCAGAACUAUUGAUGAUAAUGAUGACGUCCCAGAGGAGUCCGACUCAGCGUCUGAUAAUGAAGCUGAUGAGCCGAUAGUGUUGAGUAAAGAAAAGCGAGCACUGAAGGGUCGAGCGACAGGAGAUUUCAGUGUUGACUUUGAGUUUGGAGAGAGAGAUGGACUUUACAGUGAUGACUGGGCUAUGGCAGAUGUUAGGGCUCAGCUCAAGAAGAGGAAAGCACCCACUACGCUGGACGAAAAGAUAGAGAAAGUGCGGAAAAAACGCAAAAUUGAGGAGAAAAAUCAGAAAGACAACAAGAAAACAGAAGCUGUAGCUUCUAAAGAGGGAGAUGAUGAAGAGGGAGAGGAAGACGAUGACGAUGAAGAAGAAGAAAAUAAUGACAUUGAUGAAGAUGAGGAUGAUGUUGAGGAAGAUGAGUUCUCAUCAGGUGAUGAAGAGGUCCUUAAAAAAGCAGACACUUUGAGAGAAAAACAGAAGAAAGGCAAAAGGAAAGAUGCAGAAACAGCUGAAGCGUUCUUUGAAGAUGCAUCUCAUUAUGAUGAGAAUCUCACUUUUCAGGACAUGAAUCUCUCCAGACCUUUACUGAAGGCCAUCACAACGAUGGGAUUUAAACAGCCCACACCUAUCCAGAAGGCAUGUGUUCCUGUUGGACUGAUGGGAAAAGACAUCUGUGCGUGUGCGGCCACAGGCACCGGUAAAACGGCAGCGUUUAUGUUGCCAGUACUUGAGCGUCUGAUCUACAAGCCGAGAGAGACUCAGGUGACCCGUGUGCUGGUUUUAGUGCCAACCAGAGAGCUGGGCAUCCAGGUGCACACAGUGGCCCGUCAGCUGGCACAGUUCACCAACAUCAGCACAUGUCUGGCUGUUGGUGGGUUGGACUUGAAGUCUCAGGAGGCGGCGCUGAGGGCGGGGCCUGACGUUCUGAUCGCCACGCCCGGACGAUUGAUUGACCAUCUUCACAACACGCCGUCCUUCGAGCUGAGCCAGAUUGAAAUCCUCAUCCUGGACGAGGCUGAUAGGAUGCUGGACGAGUACUUUGAAGAGCAGAUGAAGGAGAUCAUUAGGAUGUGUUCAUACCAGAGGCAGACUAUGCUUUUUUCAGCCACCAUGAGUGAAGAGGUGAAAGAUUUGGCCUCGGUGUCGUUGAAACAGCCCGUAAGGAUCUUCGUGAACAGUAACACAGACGUGGCGCCGUACCUCAGACAGGAGUUUGUCAGGAUCAGACCGGCGAGAGAAGGAGAUAGAGAGGCCAUUGUAGCAGCUCUCCUAACCAGAACGUUUCAGGACCAUGUGAUGGUCUUCACUCAGACUAAGAAACAAGCUCAUCGUAUGCACAUUCUGUUGGGUCUGAUGGGGUUAAAGGUCGGAGAGCUUCAUGGAGAUUUGUCACAGACACAGAGAUUGGAGAGUCUGAGGCGGUUUAAAGAUGAACAGAUUGAUAUUUUGGUGGCCACAGACGUUGCCGCUCGAGGUCUGGAUAUAGAUGGUGUAAAAACUGUAAUAAAUUUCACCAUGCCCAACACUGUGAAACAUUACGUGCACAGGGUGGGCCGAACGGCUCGCGCGGGCAAUGUGGGCCGCUCGGUGUCACUGGUAGGUGAGACGGAGCGAAAGAUGCUUAAAGAGAUUGUGAAGAAAGCCAAAACUCCUGUUAAAGCUCGAGUGCUUCCUCAAGAGGUAAUUUUAAAGUUCCGUGAUCUGAUUGAGAAGCUGGAGAAGGACGUGUACGCAGUUUUGCGGUUAGAGAAGGAAGAGAAAGAAAUGACACGAUCAGAAGCACAGAUCAGCUCCGCUCAGAGGAAAUUAACCCAGACGCCAGAUGAGAAACAAGCUCCCAGGACGUGGUUUCAAACGCAUGAGGAGAGAAAGAAAGAUCGAAUGUCAAAAGCUCUGCAGGACUUUGAUCUAGCAUUGAGAGGAAAGAAGAAACGGGCUCAGUUUCUUAAAGAGAACAAGAAGAAAGUGCUGACGGGAGAAGAACGAGCUCAGUUUGAGAUCUUGAAAUCACAGAUGUAUGCCGAACGUGCAGCUAAACGUGACCGCAAACCGAAGCGAGCGAGAGCCGUUCCUGAAGCUGAACCGGUUAAGAAAGAUGUGAAACAAAACAACAGCAAAUCUGGGAAGAAGUCUGUGUUUGACAAAGAGCUCACAAACACAAGCAAGAAGGCACUGAAGCAGUACAGAGCCGGACCUUCAUUUGAGGACAGAAAGAGACUCGGCAUUUCAAACAAGAAGGGAGGACGCUUCAAAUCCAAAUCCAAGUUCAGAAGAAAGUGAAGCUUCGACCGAUGUUAUCUGCCCUCUGAUUACAGCUUACAUAAACCAUUCAAAUAAAAUCCUACGAAAUCCUG